AGGGCGGUUGCUUUUUCAUUCGCAAGGACGCGAGUGCUGCGGUCGCGUCGCAUGACUCGGUUGUGACGGUACGCCCGAAGCUGGAAUUCAUGUUGAAAUACUUCAAUGAGAACAUAUCCCUAGCGCUUCAGGAGAGGUACCGGGACCUCCAUGAGUAUCGGAAGACGGAAGCGUUAGAGGAGGGCUCACCGAGGGAGGCGAAAGUUCCGAAAAUAGCGGAGGAGAGUGACCAGGUCGGCGGCGAGGGCGCGUUUGAGGGAAGCGCCGCGCCGCCGUUCCCGCGGCUGCUGGAGCCGCCGAAGGACGAGGACAGCUUCGUGGCGAGCUGGCUGCAGAACUCCUUCAAGAUGACGGCGGCCGAGGGCGGGGAGGCGGCGGCGGCGGGCAGCGCCUUGGACCUGCGAGCGGCGCCGCUGUCGCUGCACAUUCCGGCGUUGCAGGCGGAGGCCCAGCGGCAGUUCAAGAUGCAGGACUUCUGGGCGCGCAGCCGGCCCGGCUCGCCGGCCGCGGAGGCGCCGCCGGAGCACCCGCCGGGGCCCACGCCGCCCACGCCGCAGCCGCCUCCGACGCCGGACCACAAGAUCAUGACGGAGAAACUGGUCAACGAAAUUCAGCAACAGCAGCAAUCACCAUCGGCGGACUCCACCAUGAGCGAGAGGUCGCUCGUGCCAUUUGCACUGCCGCAGCAGUCGCCGACCGGGGAAGGCCCUGGCGACCGGAACACGAUGUUGCCAUUCGCUUUGCAACAGGCGCGCUCGGGGCAAAGCAUCAGCGAGCGCACGCUAGAAGAAUGCUGGUCCACACUGCAGCGAGCGAAGGAAUUGACCAUCUGCAUACAAGGUGGUGCGAUUCAGGAAGUGAUGUGUAAGCGCAUUUUGUGCAACAUCUGCAUUUGA